AUGACGCCGGUUGGUGGCGAGCUGGAGCAGUGUUGCAGUGAGCUGCUGACGCAGCAGGAGCUGCAGGAUUGCAGCGCCUCUGAUGAGGCAGCAGUACGGCGCGAGCGGCUGCUGGCACGAGCGCUGGUCAGGUCUGUGCUUGCGGGAUACAUCCCUGGAGGUGCCCAUCCUAGCAGCCUGCUGUUUGAAAGGAACCCGCAUGGCAAGCCGCGCCUGCUGUGGCCCAGCGCAGCCCGCAGCGAUCAUGUGCUGAGCUUCAGCCUCACCCACACUGCCACCCUGAUAGGCCUGGCAGUGACAGUCGAUGGGCUGGUGGGGCUAGAUGUGGAGGGCUCUGCGCGGCGCACACGGCGUGACCCGCUGCGCCUGGCCCGGCGCCGCUUCUCAGAAACCGAGAUCGCAGACUUGCUGGCCUGCCCGGAUGAUGACAGCCGGGCGGCCCGCUUCCUGCAGUUGUGGACGCUGAAGGAAGCGUACGUGAAGGCCCUGGGGCGUGGCAUCAGCGCUCCGCCGGGGCUGCGCAGCUUCAGCUUCAGACUGAGCGGCUUCCCGCAGUACCGCCAGCAGCAGCAGCAGCAGCAGCAGUGGCAGUCGCCCAAUGCACCAGGAGGCACUGGCAGCUGUUUGCCACCCGUGCAAAGCAGUACUCGGCACAGCACGGCGGAUGGCAGCAGCAGCGACAGCAGCGAUGGCAGUGGCAGCAGAAUAGAGUUCCACACAUUAGCUCCCGACAUGCGGCACUGGGAGUUUGCAUUGCUGCAGCCCGCCCCAGACCACAUGGCUGCGGUGUGCGUGCAGCGGCAUCCCAGCAACACCAGGGGCAGCCGCAUGCGCGGCGAGCAUGAACCUCUGCAACCCCUGUGCCUGCUCCACUUCGAUGCCACAGCAGUGCUAGAGGGCGGCGAUGGCAGCCUGCUGGAGCCUCAGAUUCUGGCCCAAGGGUCCUUCCCUUGUUGA